CAAAUUUCUUUUUCUUCCUUCUCCCAUCUUCUAUACAAUACAUCACUUCAGUUUGCUCAAUGCCAUCAGAAACACAGCAUAAAUUACAGCCGCCUGAAUCCUACGAGUCUAUAUCUCGACAACAAGACCUCGACUUGCUUCAAUCGGAUCAGCCUGGCUAUGGUACCCGAAACAUCAUCGAAGUCUCAUUUAAUAUGGUGAAUGCGACCGUCGGGGCAGGCGUAAUAGGACUUCCGCUCGCGUUACUGCUAGCUGGAUUCAUUAACGGUGUCAUCCUUUCGGUGAUCGUGGGGUUCUUAACAUUUGCUGCUGUGUAUGCCAUGAUUUUGGCUGGUCAGCGUCUUGGUGUGUACAAGUUUGCCGCUCUUGGCGAGCAUGUCAUGGGACGAUUUGGUUUUCACACAUUAAAUCUCAUGCUGUUUAUCCAAUCUGCGGGUAGUUGUAUAAGCUAUUUUAUACUGGUGGCCGACACACUUCCUAUCUUACUCAAGCUCUACUUGCCUGAUAAUUACACAUUUUUUUCGAAUCGUGAGCUUGUGACCGCCGUGAUUGCAGUGUUUGUGAUUUUCCCACUGAAUUUGCCACGAUCCAUCGGUGCUUUGGCCUCUUGGUCUACUGUUUCGGUCUUGUUGCUACCCGUCAUGAUCCUCAGUGUUUUAAUCCGUGCUCCUGCAUAUUCGAAACUUCAUGAAGCUCCAUUGACCAUGUGGGGCACAGACCCUGUUUCGGCUAUUGGUAUCAUGUCGUUUGCAUUAGUGUGCUCACAGGUGGCAUUCAAUAACUAUCUAUCGCAACGAAACCAGUCCAGCACGGCAUGGGGCUGUACCUCAGGCCUUUCGGUAUUUCUCAGCUGGUGCGUCUCUAUCACAUUUGCCAUCAUUGGUUAUCUCAGUUUUGGCAAGGAUGUCGAGUCCAACAUUUUUGCCAAUUUCCCGGAAAAUGAUAACGUGAUCAAUGUCGGCAGAUUGUCAUUGGGCUUAUCCAUGGUGCUGACAGUUCCUAUGGCUUUCUAUCCUGCACGCGAUGCCGUACAAAAAUCGCUCGGAUUCGAGACAUCAGAGAAACAACCAACCGCGAUCCAGCAUUAUGGCGUUUCCGUCGUGCUAUUUGUCGUUUUCUUGUUCUUUGGUGUUAGCGUGCGGUCCCUGGGAAAAGUAUACUCUGUCGUCGGCGGCUUUGCAUCCGCUUAUCUUGCAUACAUUAUGCCUGCUUUGGCAUAUAUUGGUGCGUUUCAUCCUAACUGGCUGCCAUGGAACCGGGGCGAAGCAAUUGCGGAUAUAAUUAGAGAAGGACAGCCUUUACUGCCUAAAGAUGGCGAUACUGCCACCCUUGUGCUACCCAAACGAAAACGAUGGCUCGACAUCAGCAGUGUUAUAUUACUUGGUUUCGGCUCUCUUGUUAUGGUCUUUACUGCCAUUAAGGCUUUCAAUUGAGAGAUCACCUUUAUCAUAUACAUUAUAACCUCCUCCUUGCACGACCGCCUCCUUUACUGUGUUUUACAGCAUCAUGUAUACAGAAAUCAUUGCACACUACGUCGUCAUACCCCAAUUUAUAAAUAUUUUGAAACAAUUGUAGAUAUACCAACAACACCCCUUACACACACACAUACACACAUACACACAACAAACACACAUAACGUCCGCACACCUCUCAAUAUCAUAACAACAACAAAAGCAAUGAUAAAGUUUAGCUUUAUACAUGCAUACGUCAUUGAC